CACUUUAAUUCUCUUAUCAUCACCUUCUUCUUUCUUCGGCCUAUAUAACUCCUGGUUAUCCCUAUCAUUCAGUCCACCAUGGGAAUGAGCAGCAUGAAGGUGCAUCAGUUCGCACGUGGACUCUGGGACUCAUCCACCACCAAUCUUGAACCCUCCCUCAGCCUUGGAUGCAAGCGCUUACGCCCUCUUGCUCCCAAACUCUCCGACACUACUGCAACCACUACUCUCGCUCCUUUCGAUCUCAAGAGCUUCAUCAGACCCGAAAGUGGCCCUAGAAACAAGCUAGCAUCUCCUCAUGACCAUGAGAAGAAAGAUUCCUCCCCCUCCCAGGUAGAGAUGCACCCGGGAGGGACGCGUUGGAAUCCAACACAAGAGCAGAUAGGGAUAUUGGAAAUGCUGUAUAGAGGAGGAAUGCGGACUCCGAAUGCUCAGCAGAUAGAGCAAAUCACUGCUCAGCUUGGCAAGUACGGCAAGAUUGAAGGCAAGAAUGUGUUCUACUGGUUCCAAAAUCACAAAGCACGCGAAAGACAAAAGCAGAAACGCAGCACUCUUGGUCUCACCCACUCUCCAAGAACCCCAACUCCUGUAAUUACCACCACCGGGGAAGUACUGGAAAGAGAGGAAGACAGUCCAUACAAGAGAAAGUGCAGGAGCUGGGCAUUUGAUUGUUUGGGAGACGAUUCUAGUACUAUAACUUGUAACAAAGACGUCGUUGAGGGAGAUAGAACUCUGGAGCUCUUCCCAUUACGCCCAGAAGGCAUGAGAUGAGCUACAGACCAGCUAGCUUUAGUUUGUUUUCCACUAGUACUAGUACUACUCUGAUCUCUUAGUCUGCUUUGACAUGUGCUUUUCUUCUUUCUUUUGUUUCGGGAAAGAAGAAAAAGACAUGUAAUUGUGUCUUUUAUGUACUGAUCGAUCCAUCUGUCUAUCUACUAGUGCCUUUUGAAAACCAAAGCAACGCUUUGUCAAUUGUCACUAGCUAGAAUAGACUACUCUUUAUUCCAACCAAGUUCUGUUUGGUGGGUGUCACUGUGUGCAUGCGACCCUUUUGGUUUUGACUACAGCAACUUAUUUCUUGAAUCCGAAGCUUUUUUAGGUUAAAAGCGGGAAGCUAUGGGACACUGAAGUCCACGCACCUGCUUCGUCUUCUUCGCAACCCUUAAGCAUUUCAAAUUGGGAAAAAGAUGGAGAAGUGUCUUUUAGCGCCAAUGUCAAAAAAUUAUAGUAUAAAACUCACCACUUAGAUGACUUUCGUAAAAGUACUAUAUCAUUAUCAUGGAUUAUCAAGAGACGUGCAUGCAUUAUUGCUAGUUUUCCAUCAUUAGCUUCCAAUAUAUGUUUGUCAUUUUUAUGUAUUCUUUGGAAACAACUAGUGUUUUGGUGGGAUCAUGAUCAUUUGAUAACCAUAACAAUGGGAUUUCAUAUCUACGUACGGAGGGAAGAAGCCCCGCAAUUUGAAAUAUAUAUCUGUAUUAUUUUGCAUCGUCAAAUUGAAAUAAAUCUAUUAUACAUUCAUCAUUUUAGAUGUUGUGUUUGUGCUUUGAUAUGUGAUACCUUUCUUUAGUAUAUCAGAGUAGUCGAACAUUUUACUAGUUUAGGUUUA